CCGCUUCCGCGCGGGGCCGGAGCGGCGGCGGCGGCGGGCGAGGGCAGCUGCUGCCGCCCGGCGCGGCCAUGGCGCGGAGUUCGCUCUCCUCGCGCUUCCGCCGCCUCGACAUCGACCAGUUCGACGAGAACCGCUUCGUGGAGGAGCCCGACGCCGCCGAGGCCGGGAGCGGGGCCGGCGCGGCGGAGGGCAACGGAGGGCCGGGCCCGGAGGUGGAGGCGGCGCUGCGGCAGGGUGACUUGCUCCGAGCCUUCCAUGCUGCUUUACGAAAUUCUCCCGUGAACACGAAGAACCCGACUGCAAAGGAGCAGGCCCAGGAGGUGGUGCUGAAGGUCCUGACGGCCUUCAAAAGCAGCGAGAUAGAGCAGGCGGUAAAUUCUUUAGAUAGCAGUGGCAUUGACUUGUUGAUGAAGUACAUUUAUAAAGGAUUUGAAAAGCCAACGGAAAAUAGCAGUGCAAUACUACUUCAGUGGCAUGAAAAGGCAUUGGCGGUAGGAGGCCUUGGAUCGAUAGUCAGGGUUCUUACUGCACGAAAAACGGUUUAAAAGGCCGUGCUCACUUGAAUUGAGACGCCAAGAACUUUCUGGGAGCCGGGAAGAACCUCGCCCUUCUGGCAAUGGCAGCCACCAGAAACCUUGCUGGGGAAGGAGGGAGUGAACACCUCUUCUUCCCUCGAAGCCACGCGGAGGGAGGAAAGCUCGCGCGCUCGUUUUCUGGCGGAUUCAGCACCAGGAGGGCAGAUGGUCUGUGGUCUGUGCGGCAGAGGGAAACGGGUGCACCGUCUUUGCAACCAGAUGCCUGUUUCCAGAACGGCGGCUGCUCUGGCUGUGUGUGCGCGCGCGCGCGCGUGCGUGUGAAACUUUAAUUUAAAUGUUAACACAUGUUUGCGGUGUCAGGGGCAUGGGGGGUGGUAGCUACUGUGUCAGAAGCAGAACUUGGGCCCGGCUUGGGGGUGUUGGGGAGGCGUUCUUAUGCAAGGGGGCUUUUUGUACAUAGUUAAGAAUAGCUGGGCUCGGCACAGAUGUCGGUUUCAUGUAAAGUGCCUGCUGCUCUUAUCAAAAUAAAGUUCUUGGGUGGACAGUUUAAA